CUUCCUCUGUAGGCGCAGCAGCCACCACCUCAGCCUGCCCCCUGUGAUGCUUCCUUGUAGCCGGCUGUGGCAGCGGCCGGCAUGGCAGCGCAGCAAGGAGCUGCAGGGGGCAGCCGCCCACUGCCCAGGGCAGGCAGGGAUGCCCCGGGGAGGCGGGCGGGGUGGCAGGCAGGGCAGAGGGACAGACCUGGCCCUGAACAUUGGUGGAGCCGGGUUCCCCCAGGUCCUGAAUUUGCUGAAGCCUGGGCACCACGGGCCCGUACAACUCGCUGCCCCGGCCCUCCAGUACAUUGCUCCAUAAUCAGAAGCAAGGAGUUAUUCACUUGCAAAUUAACAUUUAAAAGGGGAGACAUAAUUUUUUUGCUAGAGAUGGGAAAAGUACAAAAUAAAGCACCCUCUGGUUCAUCAUAUCAAAGGGCAUUUUUGGAGCUUAUCUUCAUACCCUGCAUUAGUCUGGUCAAUUUCCAUUAUUUCAGAGAAUUAAUCUUGUUUAAUAAACACUGUGUAUUUUAAAUAGUACACACAGCAAUAUGAAACAGGAUUGAGCUAUUACAACAUUAACAGGAAAUAGCUUGUGAUCAGGACAGACGAACUGAAAGUAGCUUUUUAGUUUCACUUCUGCUCUUUAAAAGCCUUUUAAAUCUCUGUGAAGCAAAUGCUCUUGGUAAUAGAGAAACAGUGAUAUCAGAUGAAAGAAAGAGGAAGGAAAGAAGAAAUUCUUAAAUAUUUUCCAAAGGAAGAGACUCUUUACAGUCAGACAUGGAACGGGGUUACAAGAUUGCCACACGUUUAGGAAAUAAAAAAGACAUGUGUAUGUUUCUAGCCCUUCAUAUGGAGAAUUCUCCAAUGUGUGUUAGCCCAUCUGACAAGUUCAAUAAAACUGGGAUUGUUGUGUGUGAGUCAGACAAAAUACACAAAGUGGUAGCAAUGAGCUGCUCCAGAGAAAACCUACAUGCUGUGCAACAUGUUAUGCUGAACGUUCCCUGUUCUUUGAAUAACUGCACUGUGUACUUGUCCAGGAAACCCUGUUCCACCUGUACUACAUUUCUCAUUCAAGGAUCAGUUUCUUCAGUCUAUUACUGGCCAAUGUCUCCAGAACUAAAAGGGGAAGAUUCAGCAGUUGAGGAAGAUCUCAAGCAAGCUGACCAAAUGUUUCUCAGAAGUCAUAUAAGUAGCAGUGUUUUUCUACCAAUCGCAGACUCUGACACUGUAUUGAAGAUUUCAUCUAGAAUCAAAAUAUACAAGUGCACAGAAUGCCGUUCCCAUUAUGCUGAGGCUGUCCCUAAAGACAUGGAAAAAAAUAGUUCAUUGCUUAAUAUGCAAGGCCAUAUAAGGAUAUGUUCAGAGCAGAUGAAGACUGCAUUGUGUUGCCUUGAUUGUUUACUACAUUGUCCCCAUGGAGAAUUUGAAAAAAAAGAAAAGAUCGAUGUGGAAAAAAUGCACACACAUGCAUUGCAGCUUUGUUAUCUUUUAGCAGCAAGAUCUGAUGAUCCAGAUCGAGGUGUUGGUUGCAUAUUAUACAGUCAGAAUGGAUAUUUUUUUGGGGCAGGUUAUAAUGGAUACCCUAUUGGUGCAAUAUUUGCAAACCUGCCUUGUGCAGGUAGAAACAUCAAAAAAGAGUCAGGAACAGCAAAAGGACCAGUCCUUAUCCAUGCUGAAGCAAAUGCUCUACUAUUCAGAUCCAGAAAAAAAAUAGAAGAGAACGAUGUUCUUUAUUGCACGAAACCUCCCUGCUCUGAAUGUCAGAACUAUAUACAGUUUGUGGGCAUAAAGAAAAUUGUUUCCGUACAAGAAUCAUUACAGUCAUCAUCAAACCAACAAGACUCUACAGACUCUUUAAAGAGCAACUUUGAAUAUUAUCAGUGGAAACCUCAGUAUGCGGAAUGUUCUGCUUCCCCCUUCAGUAAGCAAACAGAGAAUUCAGAAAAAAGAGAUGGAAAAGAAACAGAAAGAAAGAAUGAUAAAGGUCCUCCUUCUCGUCUACCAAAUAAAGAAGACUUGUGCAUCUUCUUAGCACUCCAUAUGGAAAAUUCACCAAACUGUCAAGAGCCAGCAUGUAAAUAUGUUGGUAACAAACAAAAAAACCCAAAUAUCUUAAAAUUUUUCAAAACUGGAAUUGUCAUCUGUGAAGCUAAUAAACCGAAAAGGAUUAUCACAAUGGAUUGCUCCACUAAGGAUCUUCAUGCUGUGCCAAAAGCAUUGUUAAGAUUUCCAAAUGCACUGAGAGGCUGUGAAGUUUACCUGUCUCGAAUGCCUUGCAUCAGUUGUGCAAAACUUUUGAUUCAAGCUCAAGUUUCUCAAGUGUAUUACUGGCCUAAUCUUGAAAUACAAACAACAGAAGUGAAUCUGAACACAAUUGAAAUGGAAGCUGAACAUGCUGAUAACAUCUUUAGGGAAAGCUAUAUCACUGCAGCAGUCUACGUACCAAUAUUAGAUGUUGAAAUGGUGAAGCAAAGGAUUUUUCCACGAACAGGAUCACCUCCAGUUGAUAAGAACACCACUCCAAUUACCUCUGUAUAUGAUCAUAAACGAUCACGUAAACUUUUAGAAAUACUUAACCUGACGCACAUUAAAAAAGAUAAAUCAUUCCAACAAUCAUAUGAAGAUGAUAUUCGUAAAGCAAUGGAAUCUUUUCAGACACUGGCAGGUGGCACUGAUACCGAAAUAAAGGAAAAUAAUUUUCAAGAGGAUAAACAUGCCAUUGAAAAACAGCCCAAGUAUACUCAUGCAUUGCAGCUCUGUAACUUACUAGCAGCCAGAAAUGACAGUCCUAAUAUUGGAGUGGGGACACUGAUCUACAGGAAAGAAGACAUUGUCGCUGUUGGCUACAAUGGAUUUCCAAAAGGGACAGCGAAUAGUCUGUUUGCACAGAAGGAUGAUGGUAGUUGUGACCAGCAUGCAAUCAUCUGUGCAGAAGCUAAUGCAAUUAUUCUAAGAACUGAGGAUGAUCUGAGUGACACUGAAUUAAUCACCACAUGUGAGCCCUGUAGUGUCUGUGAAAACCUAAUUAAAGCAAUGAAGAUAAAGAAAAUCAUUUGGCCUAAUCGAGAUGGAAAAAAGCAACCAGAACAUGCAACUAAAGAUCCAACAGAAGAAGAAAAUAAUCCAAGCACUGAAUCCUUUCAGGUAAAAAGCAGCAUCAAAAAACACUGUGGUGAAAAGUUGUUAGCACUCCAAGCUGAUCGAGAGAAAUGUAAUAGAAAGGUCUCAGGAGAGAAGGAAGGAAAGACAAUGGAAAUACAGUCACCAGCAGAUGAGGGACAUGCUUCUGGUCAGCAGGCCAUUUUAAAUUCAUCAGAAGCGUCUGCAUCCCACAGAGAUGGCAUAGUGAAAGAAGACAGUGAAAAAACAAAUCCUUUAUUGACUGAGACUGUGGACAAGCCAAAAGUCUCACCAAUUGAAGGAAUUCAUUACACAGAUUCAGAGUCACAUAAUGCAGAGGGGCCCUCUGUGAAUGCUGCAGAAGAUGAACCAGCAUAAACAUCAGAACAAUCAGAAGAGUUUUAGGGACAUGGCAACCCCGCCAAAAAUCUCAGAUAGUUCAGUAUCAGGUUAUUAAUCUUGAGAUGCCAGGCACUAUAUGAUGUUAUAAACUUAAAAUAAUAAUGCAUUUUAAUCGUAUAGGUACCUCUUUCCAUAAGUUUCUAGGCAUCUUAGCAAAAAUAACUGAAAACAUAUUAUAUGACAAUUCCACACAAACAGCCCUAGUAGAGCUCCCAAAUCUGGUUGGGCAUUUCCCAGGGAUCCAGUGAGAUGGGCCCUGUGUGCUCUUUAAGUCUCCUGAACAGAGUCCAGACCUUACCCCUGUGACACUGAAAGCCAACAGACACACAGACUAACUUUGCACAGCAUUCUAAAACACAAUUACUCUUUACUUAGCAACACAAGAGAUACACAGACAACAGAAUAAGCACACCUCCGUUUCCUAACCAUUCUGGAGAGUUCUUUGGACUUGGGCUUCCUCUGGGCUGUCCAGGAUCCUCCUUCUGCAGCUCAUGGUUUCUUUUUAGAAUCACUGAGUACUUCUAAGUUAGUUAGGUUUCUUUGAACUUGGCUAGCCCUGGACCCCCUACUAAGAACGCAUGCACUUCUCUUCCUUUCUUCUGCCCAAAGCUUCCUGUGUCUUGAUCGGUGAGUCUUCUCUCAAAUUUUUAUGGCCACUACCAACAUCUGGUUUCUUUGUUUUCCUGCUGGGUAUUUUCUGAUUCCCCUUCCUGCAGAGAAACUUGGUUGAACUGAUUUCCCUAAUUGGGCAAUCUCCUUAGCAGACCCUUUGGUCAGAGAACAAUCAUUAAGGUUCACAACUCCCUGGUCUGGUGGAAUCUACAUCCUUAUAGAGGCAUUUCCUGAUACAACAAUUUCACAAUUUCAUAACAUCAAACAGAAUUAAUAAGUUGUACUUAGAGUCCCCAAAUAAUCAGAGUGACACACAAUGUGGAAAUCUUUGGACAUAUGCAGGAAAACUAUUUUUAUUAUUAUAAUAGUAUCUAGAGGCCCCAGCUGUGAUUGUGGGGCCUCAUUGUGCCAAGUGCUGUGCAAACACAUACUAUAAGACAAUCCCUGUCACCAAAGAGUUCACAGCCUGAGGCCCUGGACCUGCGAACACUUGCAAACAUGCGUCAUUUAAAAAUCAGACCAACACAGUUUGUGAGAAAGUUGCAUUAUGCCCAUUUUAACUGAGCCACAUAGAGACAAAGUGACUUUCACUGGAAAUCUGUAAGGCUGUCAGGAAUUGAGCCCACACCAGAGCCUGAACAAUAACUGGAAACUUGUGCUGGCAAUAUCUUCAAAGACGGUCUAUCAAAGUAUGCUAGAUUCUUAAAGAAACUCCCUCUUCAGGUAGCAUAUAUAUAAACAAUUAUACACUAAUAAAAUUUUGAAGUAAUUGCCCCAUUUCAGAGAGUGUGUGUGUGUGUGUGUGUGUGUGU